AUGGACGCACCGCUCGUGAAGCUCGCAGACUUGCUGCGGCAUCCCGACGACCUCGACAAGAUCGCAACGCUCAAGCUCGACUUUGCGCGGAAGAAGGCGGCCGUCGACAGCCAGCUGCGGGCGGGGCUGCGCGACCAGCUGGAGACGACGCAGAGCGGCAUGACGGGGCUGUCGGACGGCCAGAAGGCGGUGCAGCAGAUCAAGGACGAGAUGAUGCAGAUCGACAAGCUGUGCUCGGAGAGCCAGAACAUGAUCAAGGACUUUGCGACCAUCAACCAGGUGUCGCAGGCGCACCGCAACUUUGGCGCCGUCGAGGCGAUGCGGCGCAACCUCGAGACCUUCAACGACCGCCUCAGCGUCGUCGAGCAGAUGCUGCGGGCCGACGACGCCGACCAGGAGAACAUGCCCAACCUGCUGCCCAUCCACUACGAGCUGACGCAGCUGCGCAACAUCCGCGACGACGCCAUGGAGCAGAUCCAGCGCGCCGACGACACGAGCCUGCAGUCGACGCUCGAGGACUACUUUGAGCGCCUGGACGGCGCCAUCGACUGGUUCGACGAGCACGUCGGGCUCGUGGCCACGAGCCUCAUCACGCUGGUGACGGCCGAGAACAACAACCUGGUCGUGCGCUUUGCGCUGGUCAUUGAGGCCGAGGAGAAGAGCGACCAGCGCGUGCAGGCCCUGCAGGACGCCAUGCGCGACCACAAGGAGAUUGCCUCGCGCUUCCAGGGCAUCACGGACGGCGCCAAGACGGUGCGCGGCUACAAGGGCAAGUUUUUGCAGGCCAUCGAGGCGUACGCCGAGGCCCAGUUCGCGCAGACGCGCGAGGCCUUCCUCGACGAUCCGUCGCGCCUCGAAAAGGAGCUGCGCUGGUACUUCAACGACCUCAACGCCGUGCGCCUCGGCAUGGUGCCGCUGAUGCCCAAGAAGUGGAACAUUAUGCGCACGUACACGCAAAUCUACCACCGGAUGAUGCACGACUUCUUGGUCGCCCUCGUCGACGACCCGGACACGAGCUCCGCGCACACGCUCGAAAUCAUCAGCUGGCCCGAAAAGUACUACAAGAAGAUGGCCAAGCUCGGCUUCCCGCAGGACGACGCCGCGCUGGCGCCGCACGUGCUCGACAACCGCGAGGCCGAGCUCGUGCGCGAGUUCCGCCAGCUCAUCAUCAAGUUCCUCGACGAGUGGAUCGAACGCAUCGGCAAGCAGGAGCGCAAGGACUUUGCCGAGCGCGCCGCCGUCGAGGGCGCCAACCUGGACCAGGACGAGUACGGCUACUUCCGCACGCGCAACCUCGUCGACCUGUGGCGCAUGCUGCGCGAGCAGAUUGACGUCGCCGCCAACUCCCAGCGCACCGACGUCGUCGAGGGCGUCGUCGACGCCAUGUUUUUGCGCCUGCGCACGCGCCAGCAGGCCGUCCAGAAGAUGCUCGACGACGAGGCGCAGCGCUACGAGGCCGGCCGCGUGCCGGAGCUCGAGGGCUACCAGGCCCUGCAGGACUGGCUGGUGGCGUCGGCCAACGACCAGAUUGCCAGCAUUGACGACCGCGACGACGACGCCGCGGGUGCGGGUGGUGCAGCCGGUGCAGCCGGUGGUGGCAGCCGCAUCUCCUACCUCACCAGCUUCCGCGACAAGAUCGAGCCGCUCGUGUCGGCGCAGUACAUGGAGCGCGUCGACGCCGAGGUGGCCGCCCUGCGCGACGGCUACGUCGACCUGAGCACCUGGUGCAUGACCAAGUUCGCGUCGCUCAUCUUCGUGGUCGACUUCAAGGCGGUCAUGCCCGACUUCUUCACCCCGCGCUGGUACGGCGCCGCCACGGGCAUGAAGCAGAUGGUCGCCACCGUCGACGAGUACGUCACCGACUACCGCCAGGUCCUGCACUACUCGCUCGUCGAUGUCUUUGUCGAGAUUUUUUCGGACGAGCUGCUCGUCCGUUACCUCUCCGCCGUCCGCAACAAGGGCGCCAAGCUCAAGCGCGCCGACCCCUUCCAGGACCAGAUCUUUGCCGACGUCGCCGCCGUCUUUGAGCUCUUCGACUCCAUGCCCACCGCCGAGGCCGCCGGCAGCCUGAAGCAGACCUGGCGCGUCACCGAGCAGUUCCUGGCGCUGCUGACCGUCGGCAAGGACGGCGUCGCCGAGGCCUUUAUUGCCUUCAAGACGGCCUACUGGGACCUGCAGAUCAGCUGGGUGGAGGCCGUGCUGCGCGCGCGCGACGACUUUGAGCGCAGCAUGCUCAACAUUGUCAAGGCACAAGCGGCGCAGAUCUACGUCGAGCGGGGCCCCGAGACAAUCAUGAGCAAGGUGAAGUAG